AAUGACCAGUGUUCAAAUAUUAAUGAUCCUUAUUGUAAAGACCUCAAAAUUUCAACAAUGCAUUCACCAACUUUGUCAAUGAACAACAGGAAAGACUGUCAAAAGCCUCAAAAUCAAGAAGCAUCAGUUGAUGCCUCAGCAUGUGAUAAUCUGCUUUCCAGUGGCACUAACCGCACAAGUGAAUGUAAUUGCGACAAACAAGGGGUUAAAUGCUUUAAGUUAAGUGAAUUCUCUGCUGAUACUGAAGGGAGUGAAAUUAGUUCUUCCAUUUUACACUUGAAUUGUGGCAUAUCUUCCUCUGCUGUGGAUGAAACUAUGGCAUAUCAGUGUUUUUCAGAUGCUGGUGUGCAGAACACUACAGGUUUGUUUCUCAACCAAAUGACUCUUCCAGAUAUCAUUUCAAACCCAAGUCCCAAUAAUGAAACAACAGAACAGAUUAAAAGUCUUGAUCUGAAAGGAUCACAGCAACAAGCAAAAGAUUUGGAAACUGAAAGCAACACUGGAGAGACCCUCAAUUUCCCUGAAUUUCAAUUUCAGGGGAAGUCGAAUCAUAAGGACUUGACAGAUACAUUAAAAGAAAAAUUACUUCAGAGUACCUCUGUUCAGUCCAGCAAUAUUUCAGUAGAGCACAAUUCUGUUCCUACUUUCCAAGAGUCUAUCAACCAAGAUAUAAUCAAUAAUGGAGCAACUGGCUAUGCAGAUGAUAACCAAUGUACAGAUUUAAAUUCUCAACACCUGCAGGCAGUGGAAAAAGUGCAGAAACUUAUUGUCCAAGCCCAUUGUGAACAUCUAGAAGACAUGCUGGGUCUUUUUGAAAAGGAAGAAUGUCUGCUGAACAAACUAAGUAUGCUGGAUUUCAAAGAUUAUAUGACACAACUGGAAGAGAUCCUGAUGCAAAAAAACAAAUGCAUUGAGCGCAUGCAAGGACAAAUCCAAAAGUACCUAAUUCAUACUAGCACAGUUUGUAACAACUCAAACACCAAGUCAUCUGUAUCUUAGCUUUAGUGUAAGUU